AUGAAGAAGCCGCAGGGUGUGCAGGCAUGUGCGUCCGAGGCCAAUGAUCUCCAUCAGGUUCUGAUGCUCGAUCUCCAAUGCGCAUUACAUUGGAGAGGUGUGAUCACUAUUUAUGCAGACGGAGAAAUGAAGGACAACGGGUCACUUAAUGGGUCGGAAACGCUUCGUUGCAUCGUAACAAUCAAUAUCCUCAAACAUCUUGUCUUGGAGGUCAAUGUUUCUGGCGCCACUGGCCAGUGUUCCAAACCAAACUCGGGCCCCAAGAAGCCAUGGACUGUUGGCACCAUCAUCAGCUUAUGCACAGGAUUUGGUGGGAAACUUCCUACUUUUGGCUUUGUUUUCUGCAAGGCGGUCCUUGAAGGCACAAGACUCCCUGAUAUCAUUCAUUUCGCCAUCGGCGCAAAGGUUAUGGUGAUGUCAAACAUAAACAUGGAUAUGAAUAUUGCCAAUGGUACUUGCGAAUAUGGCAAUCCAAGCCGGAUGGGGGACAUACCCGAUGGGGUGGUGCCAAUUUUCCCUAAGUACCAACUGAAGAUUGGAGGAGGGAAAGCCAAAAGUGUGAAGUGGAAACAACUCCCUAUAACUGGAGCAUAUGGUUCCACGGACUAUCGCGCGCAUGUAAUAAUCAACCUCACAACUCCUCCUACUGGAGCACUGACACCAUUCAGUGCAUACGUUGCAUUAUCGCGUAGCUCAGGGAGAAAAACCAUCCGCUUAUUGAGAGAUUUCGAUGAAACCCUUUUCACACGGCCUGUGUGUGAGGCUCUAAAGUGGGCGGACUCACAGUUUGAAGAGUUGAACAAGAAGACAAAGGAACAUUGGGAACAGCGUUGCAUUGCUGGAAUGAUGGCACACACAUGA